UUCUUCCCACCUCCAAGCCACGCGCCCCCGCGCACACGGCUCCAAACCGGCCACCCCCCAAGCCCCAAGCCAAGCCAAGCCAAGCCAGCCCACCGUCCCGGCGCGGCGGCAACCACGGCCGGCCGCGCGGCCGUACUGCCCAAACCCCCAUUAAAAUCCCCACGCGAUCCUGAGGAGGAGCACCGCAGCGCGACCCCCUCCGCUCCACCUCCAGUCCCGGCGAGCGAGAUGCGGGGCGGCGCGGCGGCGGUGAAGUCAGGGAGCCGCCCGCCGUGGCUGGGGCUUGGCGCGGCGGUGUGGGUGCAGGUGGCGGGCGGCGCCAGCUCCACAUUCGCGCUCUACUCGCACGCGCUCAAGGUGGCCCUCGCCGCCGACCAGCGCCACCUCGCGCUGCUCGCGGUCGCCUGCGACGUCGGCGAGAACCUGGGACUGCUCCCCGGGGUGCUCUGCAACCGCCUCCACCCGGCGCUGCUCCUCCUCGUCGGCGCCGGUGCGUGCUUGCUCGGGUACGGCGCCGUAUGGCUCCUCGUCUCCGGCGCCGCGCCCGCGCUGCCCUACUGGCUGAUUUGGUUUGCAUUAUGUCUUGCUGCGAACGGUGGCGCGUGGUUGGGGACUGCCGUUCUAGUGACCAACAUGAGGAACUUCCCGCUCAGUAGAGGUGCUGUUGCUGGCAUUCUUAAAGGGUAUUCUGGUUUAAGUGCUGCUGUCUACACUGAAAUAUAUACUGGAGUGCUUGGUGAUUCACCCAUAAACCUUUUGCUCCUUCUCACUCUGGGAGUUCCUGCUAUAUGCCUUCUGACAAUGUACUUUGUUCGCCCUUGUGAACCCUCUCUGGUGGAGACCAAUGCAGAGCAACUCCAUUUCCUGUUUGCUCAAAUUGCGAGUAUUCUUCUUGGGUUUUAUCUGGUUGGGGCUACGAUACUGGAUCAUGUCGUGACUCUCAAUGACAUUAUGAACUAUUCUCUGCUUGCCAUUAUGGUUCUUCUCAUUUUUGCUCCCCUGGCAAUACCGUUGAAGAUGACGUUAUGCCCAAAGAGAAAAGGACCAUCAGAUUCGUCAGAUAAUGAUCAUACAGAAUCACUUCUGCCUUCUUCCUCUGAAUCAAACCUUGGUAAUUUUGAAGAAUAUGAUUCAACGGAUAUCGACAUUCUUUUAGCUGAGGGUGAAGGGGCUAUAAAGCCAAAGAGAAGAAGACCAAGAAGGGGAGAGGACUUCAGGUUUCGUGAAGCGAUUCUGAAGGCAGAUUUCUGGCUUCUCUUUGCAAUAUACUUUGUUGGGGUUGGAUCUGGAAUCACUGUACUUAACAAUCUAGCACAAAUAGGAAUCGCAGCAGGUGCUGUCGACACAACCAUCUCACUCUCUGUCUUCAGCUUCUGCAACUUUUUUGGACGUUUGGGAGGUGGUGCUGUUUCUGAGUAUUUUGUCAGGGCAAGGACACUUCCACGGAGUGUACUGAUCAUAUGCACCCAAGUAGUGAUGAUAAUCACAUACCUGCUCUUCGCUCUGGGUCAGCGCACCACACUUUACGUCUCCGUCGCCUUACUCGGCAUAUGCUACGGUGUCCAAUUCUCUGUGAUAAUCUCAAUCUCAUCGGAGCUGUUUGGACUGAAGCACUUCGGAAAGAUAUACAACUUCAUCGCGCUGGCCAAUCCAGUCGGUGCGUUCCUGUUCAACACCCUUGCAGGGUACGUCUACGACCUCGAAGUGGAGAAACAGAAAGCCGGAAUGGUAGACACAGAUAUCGCGUGCCAUGGCCCUAAUUGCUUCAGGCUCACGUUUUAUGUUCUCUCUGGUGCGGCUUGCUUGGGCACACUGCUGAGCACGGUUCUUACUGUGAGGGUCCGGCCAGUGUACCAGAUGCUCUACGCAGGUGGAUCCUUUAGCCAGCCCAGGACCUCUGCACAUUGAUAAACAGCGAUACAAACUGCAGUGUUUUCUGCAUCUAGCUUAAAUCUAAUAAGAGGUCUGGAACUCUGAAUAGCUUCAUCAAUGACCUAUUGUAAUUCACGAGCACGCACCCUGCUCUGUCUUGUAAUUUUGGGUCGAGUUUGGUCUAAGAUGAGGAUGUAGAGAUGGUUCUGUGCAGCUUCUUGUACCAGAUGCUCGUGCUGCUGCACCAGGUUAACGCGCUGAGGCAAGAAUUCUUGGAUGUACAACAAUUGAAAUUCCUACUUGUGUAGAGCAAUUAUACCUGUAUAUGACAUGCUUGUGCGACAUUUUGGCGUAUUUAGUUUUGAAG